AUGUCCGCGCCGCCGCCCCUGCAGAUCCGCGAGGCGAACGCGCACCUGGCGGCCGUGCACCGGCGGGCGGCGGAGCUGGAGGCGCGGCUGGACGCGGCGGAGGGUACCGUGCGCGCCCAAGCCGAGCGCCUGGCCCGUCACGACCAGCAGCUCCGCGCCGCCCUGGAGGAACUGAGCUGCGCCAAGGACCGUGAGAUUGCCGCUCUUCAGGAGCAGCUGCUGACCACGGAGGCCACUGUCCAUAGUCUGCAGGCUGCUGUGCACCAGAGGGACGAGCUCAUCGGGCAGCUGCAACCCCGGGCCAAGCUGUUGCAGGACAUCUGUCGCCGCCGGUCACCGCUGGCUGGGCUGCUGGCCGCCCUGGCUGAGGCCGAGCGCCUGGGACCUCUGCCAACCAGUGACCCCAGUCACCCACUCCCUGGCCAGCCCAGUCCAGCCCUUGCCAACAACACUGGGGAGGAGGAGGACAGGAAUCACCUGCAGCCUGCCGUGUUUGGGACCACUGUGUGAGCCCA